AUGAAUCAGUGGAUCAAAGAAGAAUUGUCUAAAUGUUUACAUUUUGACAUCCCGAAAGAAUUGAUCUCGUAUAUCUACACCAUCCAAACUGCGGAAGAAAUUGAUGGCUAUUUUCGGACCCUGCUCGAUUACACCAAUCCGCAACAUACGGCGUUUAUGCGUGAGCUGAAAAUUAGGCUCGGUCAUGCCACGGCUGAGACCGGCAAUUCGGAGCAAACCGGCAAGAGCAAACAACCCACCAGCAAGCAAACGAAAUCAUCAAAAACCGCCUCUUCCUCUGCACCAUCGGCAGCGAAAUCUUCCACCCAAGAAGCUAGCACCAAAAAGAAAACCAAGUACGUGAAUUUGUACGGCCAGGAUGGAGAGCUGGCGGAUGUGAUAUUGCUGAAGGGACGCCAUCACUGCGACUGUCAGGCAUCAAAGCAUCGAUUAGUAAAUAACUGUCUACACUGUGGCCGGAUCGUGUGCGAACAGGAGGGAAGUGGUCCGUGUCUGUUCUGCGGCAGUCUCGUCUGCACCGAAAAUGAGCAGCGAAUGAUCGAGAGUUCGUCGCGAAAGGGUGACAACCUGCGGCGCAGCCUGAUGGAACAGAACCGCCCAGCCGGAUGGGAGGAAGCACUCGCAAUGCGGAAUCGUUUGCUGGAGUACGACCGGAACAGUGAAAAGCGCACGACGGUAAUCGAUGACGAGGCGGAUUACUUUAAGACACACUCGAUAUGGUUGUCCGAUGCCGAGCGCAAGAAGCUGGAACAGCUGGAGGAGGAAUUGCGCGAGAAACGGCACGCUAGUCGGUUAGCCCGUAAGGUGACGCUAGAUUUUGCUGGUCGCCAGGUGCUGGACGAGGCACUACUGUCUACGGAGGAUAUGGAGGAAAUUUUUCGCCAAGCGUCUUUGGUGGAUGCACCCCAAAAUAGGUCACAGGGGGGUAAGGAGAAUAAUGAUCCCGGUCGGACGAUGCACGGCAACGACGAUGUACAUCCGACACUUUGUGGACCAGCGCCGACGUUCAUCGACAGCAGUGCUGGUGGUCCCGCCGUAGGCGCAGAACUUCGCCCUUCCGGCUAUGAUGGCGUUUAUAGUCGGGUGCAGGACAAAGAGUUUAUUGAAAUGUCCGAUAUGCGGCAUUGUCUGUCGAUGCAUCAACCGUGGGCAUCGCUGUUGGUGGCCGGUAUCAAGCGGCAUGAAGGUCGUACCUGGUACUCGUCGCAUCGUGGACGGCUGUGGAUCGCGGCCACUGCAAAACCAACCAGCCCGGAUACGAUCCGUGAGCUGGAAAAUUUCUAUCGUAAGUUGUACGAUGACGAUUCGAUCCAGUUUCCCUCUCAGUACCCGUCCGGGUGUUUGCUCGGUUGCGUUUCGGUGCGGGAUUGUUUGCCACAGGAAGAGUACCGCAAGCAGCACCCAGCCGGUGAAUCGGACAGCCCGUACGUGUUUGUUUGUGAGGAACCGCAAGAACUACCGAUUCGCUUUCCGCUGAAGGGUGACCACAAAAUCUAUUUGCUGGAUUCUGCAAUUCAUCAAGCGUCGGUCAAAGCGUUGCAGCGACUAGCGAAACAAAACAAACAGUUGGAAGAUUAA